AGUACUAAAAAGAGUAGAAAAAGGUCUCUGUCAGCUCCUCUUUUGGCCGUACUGUACCGUAAGACGGCCAAAGACAAAACACUUCUGUUUCCCGUUUUUCUUGUUACUCUUUCCCUCGUUCACUUCGCUAAUUUUCUCACCAUCCAAACACACUUUUUUCCCUUCCUCAAACUCUCUCUUUUCAUGGACUCUGUUUCGCAUUCUUCCGUCGCCGCUCCCAAGCUCAAUUUCUCCCGUCGCUGUACAAGAACUACUCACAACUCCUCCUCCUGCGGAUUUUCUUUACAGAAUUCUCGAGUUUCCAGAAGCAGAAUCGGCGGCGUGUUCGCGCAGAUUCCGAAGCAGCAUCAGCCGCCGUCGCAGUUGAAUAUUGAUUUCAGUGAUCCUGACUGGAAAAUUAAGUAUCAGCAAGAUUUCGAACGCCGUUUUAAUAUUCCGCAUAUUACGGAUUCUUUUCCCGAUGCUCAGCCUAUUCCCUCCACUUUUUGUCUCAAGAUGAGAACUCCGGUUUCUGAGGAUUUUGCCGGCGGUUAUCCGUCUGAUGAGGAGUGGCAUGGUUACAUUAACAAUAAUGAUAGAGUACUUUUGAAGGUCAUACAUUUCUCGUCCCCGACAUCUGCUGGAGCUGUGUGCAUUGAUCCUGAUUGUACUUGGGUUGAACAAUGGGUUCAUCGAGCUGGCCCUCGUGAGAAAAUUUACUUCAAACCAGAAGAAGUCAAGGCAGCAAUUGUAACUUGUGGUGGGUUAUGCCCUGGUCUCAAUGACGUCAUCAGACAGAUCGUCAUCACACUUGAAAUAUAUGGUGUCAGAAAGAUAGUGGGGAUUCCUUUUGGUUAUCGAGGAUUUUCUGAUAAAGACUUGAGUGAAAUGCCGCUCUCAAGGAAAGUAGUUCAAAAUGUUCAUCUUUCUGGAGGAAGCUUGUUAGGAGUUUCACGUGGAGGACCUGAUGUUAGUGACAUUGUGGACAGUAUGGAGGAAAGAGGAAUCAACAUGCUUUUUGUGUUAGGUGGCAAUGGUACACAUGCCGGAGCAAAUGCAAUACAUAAUGAGUGCCUCAAACGAAAGUUGAAAGUGGCUGUAGUUGGUGUACCCAAAACUAUCGAUAAUGAUAUUUUGAUGAUGGACAAAACUUUUGGUUUCGACACUGCAGUUGAAGAAGCACAGCGAGCAAUAAACUCCGCAUAUAUCGAGGCACAUAGUGCAUAUCAUGGCAUAGGGGUUGUGAAAUUGAUGGGUCGAAGCAGUGGAUUUAUAGCCAUGCAUGCAUCCUUAGCUAGUGGACAAAUUGACAUAUGUUUGAUCCCAGAGGUACCCUUUAAUUUACAUGGCCCUCAUGGUGUUUUGAAUCAUUUGAAAUACUUAAUCGAGACAAAGGGAUCAGCUGUGAUCUGUGUAGCAGAGGGAGCUGGACAGAAUUUUCUUGAGAAAACUAAUGCUACCGAUGCAUCUGGAAACAUGGUACUAGGAGAUGUUGGGGUUUAUAUUCAACAAGAGAUAAAGAAAUUUUUCAAGGAGAUGGGUGUUCAUUCUGAUGUGAAGUAUAUUGAUCCAACAUACAUGAUCCGUGCAUGUCGCGCAAAUGCAUCAGAUGGAAUCUUAUGUACUGUUCUUGGACAAAAUGCUGUCCAUGGUGCAUUUGCUGGAUAUAGCGGAAUCACAGUCGGCAUAUGCAACACUCACUAUGUCUACUUUCCGAUUCCUGAAGUAAUAUCUUAUCCCAGGGCUGUAGAUCCUAACAGCCGAAUGUGGCACCGUUGCUUGACGUCAACAGGUCAGCCCGACUUUGUUUAAGUUACGUAAAAACCCUGUAAUUUAUGUUCAAGAAGCAAGGAAUAUAAAUUAAACUCAAAAAUUAGUUCAUUAGAUGACAGAAUUUGCCCAUAUCAGAGGAUUACUAAUUAGCUAGAGAUCACUCUUUAUAGGCUAGGCUGUUACAAUAAUACAAAAGAUUAAACAUUUCUCAGAAUGAGAAAAUUUAUUUAGUGGUAUAGCAUUUAUGUGCCAGUUUUCAGAAUUGCAAGGCACAAUUGUAAUAAUAUGUCAUAGGAAUAAGUAUAAUCCGAGCCGUUUGUGGACUUUUUAUGCGAUUUGUAUUAUAUAUAAAUUAAUAUUCUGCAGUUUGUUUUGAUA